GGUUCUUGCUUUUCCAAACCCAGAAGACAGUGCACGGAGCCAGGGAACAUCAGCCAUGCUCGAAACCACUUGGCCUCAGGAACCAGUGACCUUUGAGGAUGUGGCUGUGUACUUCACCCAGAACCAGUGGGCCAGCCUGGAGCCUGCGCAGAGGGCCCUGUACAGGGAGGUGAUGCUGGAGAAUUAUGCAAAUAUGGCUUCCCUGGCAUUUCCGUUCCCCACACCUGUUCUGAUCUCCCAGCUGGAGAGAGGGGAAGCACCGUGGGGCGCAGAUCCCUGGGAAGCAGAGACUUUACGAGGCAUCUGUCCAGGUGAUGAGUCCUGGACCAAGACAGAAGAGCCAGCGGUAAAGCAGGAAGCCUUUGAAGAAACAGAGGCGCACAGCAUGCCAGUGGGAGGGCUUCUCAGAAACGUGUCUCAGCACUUUGAUUUUAAAAGCAAGGCAGCCUGGCAGACUUUCAGCCUGAAUCCCAAUCUGAUACUUCGAGGUGGAAUGAAGUUCUACAAAUGUAAAGAAUGUGGGAAAAUCUUCAGAUAUAACUCAAAGCUCCUUCGGCAUCAGAUGAGCCACACUGGGGAAAAGCCCUUCAAAUGUAAGGAAUGUGGCAAAGCUUUCAAGUCCAGCUAUGACUGUAUCGUCCACGAGAAAAAUCACAUUGGUGAAGGGCCCUACGAAUGUAAGGAGUGUGGCAAAGGUCUGAGUUCCAACACAGCCUUGACCCAGCAUCAGAGGAUCCACACGGGGGAGAAGCCCUACGCGUGUAAGGAGUGCGGCAAGGCUUUCCGUCGGAGCGCGGCCUACCUUCAGCAUCAGAGGCUACACACUGGGGAGAAACUCUAUAAGUGUAAGGAGUGUUGGAAAGCUUUUGGGUGUAGGUCACUUUUUAUUGUCCACCAGAGAAUUCACACGGGGGAGAAACCCUACCAGUGUAAGGAGUGUGGCAAGGCCUUCACCCAGAAGAUCGCCUCCAUUCAGCAUCAGAGAGUUCACACUGGAGAGAAGCCUUAUGAGUGUAAGGUGUGUGGGAAAGCCUUCAAGUGGUAUGGUAGCUUCGUUCAGCAUCAGAAAUUGCACCCCGUGGAGAAGAAGCCCGGCAAGGCUCUCAGGCCAUCGCUGCUGAGUCCCCAGGGCCCCUCUUCAACCUUAGCUCCUGUGCCUCUCCAGGGUCCCUGCUCUGCUCCAGCUGUGGCCGUGCCUCCACUGGCCUUGCCACAUGCCGUCCUUAUUCCUGCCUCUGGGCCUGUGUUCAUGCUGCUGCCCGCCUCUGGAGUACCUUCUUCUCCUGUCCAAAUUGUACGAGUCUUCCAGGGUCAUCCUCCCACUGUGAAGCCUUCCCCAGUUAUUCUGACCCCUUCUCCUAACCCCUCGUGAGCUCUGUCUUGGCACUUCUCUGGUUGUUACACACAGCAAAUCUCCAGCCUAACUUAAGCUUGAUUUGUAGCUUUUAUACCAUACAUGUGUUGCAGCUGUUUUACCAUAAACCCUGUUGUAAUGGAGACAUAUUUAAAGACUGUGUUUAUAUAGUAUUUUCUGGGUAGAAAAUGGAAAUACUUGACUUUCAUAUUGGUCGCUUUCAGGCUUGAACAGUAAUGGCCGUAUCUGCGUUGCGGGGCUGCUGGUGGUUGAAGUGUUGGUAGGAUGCUUUGUUGAAUUAGAGAUGUUUGAGAGAGAGGACAUCCACAUAUUAGGCCCCUGUGAUUAGAGAGAAGCAGCCUGGGAGAAACAAAGGAGGCAUUUAAGAUCUGUCAGAGUUGAGAAUUGGAAUAAGCUUCCAACCAUGGCCUUUAGAAAUGAGUGCAGAUUGUUCAGUGGAUGAAGGUGUGGUGUAUUCAUGCAGUUGAAGUUGGGUUGCCCUUGACGUAGAUCAUUGAGGACCUCAUAUGCCUCUGCAAAAACAUCAUCUGAAAUAAUCAGUAAAAAAAAACAAGUGUGCAGUGAUAGCAAUCAUUUAUAUGAUUGAUAGCAGUCAUGUCUUUAAACAUGAAGUCUUUUUUUUUAAUCUUUAGUUUUGCUCUUGUUAUCUAGAUGUUUCCUUGUAACUUUGGUUUCCUAAGUAAAUACACAUCAAGGCAUUCAUCUUUGCUCCGUCCGUUGUAUACAUUUUUCUUGGUGUGCAUUCUGGUUUCCUGUUUGUAAGCACUGGUUUCUGCAUUUACUUUUCUCCAGGUAGCAUGAAUUGUAAAUAUAAAUUUGGCAAGUUACUAAAGAAAUAGGAGCAACCGAUUUGGGGGAAAUCUGAAUAUGCCUGCAAAGCUGGGUUUUUAGGAAUAAAGAGGGCUGUGUGAUGGGUCAGUGGUUAAGCUUAUGUGACAGGUCAGUGAAGAGGAAUUUUGGAUUGCUCUUGCUCUUGACCUUCGAUGAGGGUCUUUUAUAACUAGGUAAAGGACUGCUUGAAGUAAUUCCUGGAAAGAGAACUUGAGUUACGCGUUACAGGCACACACUGUUUUAUCGUACUUCACUUUAUCCGUUUCGCAGAUACUGUUUUUUACAAAUUGAAGGUUUAUAAACACCACGUUGUCGGAUAAUGGUUAAGAUUUUUUAGCAAUAAAGUAUUUUUUAAAUUAAGGUAUUUCUUUUUUUUUAGAUGAUGCUAUUACAUGCUUCAUAGACUAAAGUGUAAAACACUUUUAUAUGCACUAGGAAACCAAAAAAUUCGUGUGACUUGCUUUCUUGCUAUAUUUGCUUUAUUGUGGUGCUCUGGGACCGAACCUGCAGUAUCUCCAAGGUCU